GGGAUUGCCCCCAUAACGCUCAACAUGAACGCUCCGCGGCAAAAGGAUGUGUGAGCAAGCAGCGCGCUACUGCAGGGACGGUGUCCACAAACUGCUCCAAAAAGAACAACCGAAACUCCGGGCUCAGGACAGCAAAGAGCAACCAAAACCCGUGGCCGAGGAAAGCGAGUCAGCGACGGCUGCACAGUCUGGAAACAGCGGCGCCCAGCCCGGUGGAAUUGACGGGCUCGUCCGCUGGAUAGUCACCAAGAUGAGCGACAACAAAAGCAUCUCUACGCGGGAAUACGCGAAGGAGGAGGCAGCAGUUGCCCAAGAGCAGUUCUUCGCACCAGAGCCACGGAAAGGCAUCUCUGUAAUAUUGGAUAUUUUCCGUAGAGCUGAUAAGGAUGAUGAUGGGAAGCUAUCUCUGGACGAGUUCCAGGCGUUCUUCUCCGACGGGACGCUGAACGAAGAAGAACUGGAGAAGCUGUUUCACACAAUUGACUCUGAUAACACCAGUAAUGUUGACACUAAGGAACUCUGUGACUACUUUGCCAAACACAUGGGUGACUAUGAGGGUGUACUGGCCUCCCUGGAGACUCUCAACCUGUCCAUCCUCAGAGCCAUGGACUUCACCAAGAAGGUGUACGAACGAGGGACCAACGUGGAGCAAUUUGUUACUCGCUUCCUGUUAAAGGAAUCAGCCAAUCAGAUCCAUUCUCUGCUCAACUCGGUGGAGAGUGCUGUGGGCGCUAUUGACGAGCAGCACUGUAGUCAGUCAGGGUACCCUACUAAGGUCAGUCAACAGGUUCCAGAGAAAUGUUAUGAGAACCCAGUGCCUGACAACCCUCCUAACAACAGAGUCAGUGCUGCCAAGGAUGCUUCCCCAAGGAACAUCAACACUGCUACAGGGGUGGUGGAGGUGAGGAAAGAGACGCUGGAGGCACAGAUCAACCGACUAGCUGAGCUGAUUGGACGCCUUGAGAACAAGACAGUUUGGUUUGACCUGCAUCAGAGGCUAACAGACACUGAUGGCACAGCCAGCGCAUCCCUGUACCUGAUUCGCCAAGAGAUGACGGUAUCCCAGAAGCAGCUGGGAGAAUUCUGUGAGGCCCUGAAGCAGUACCUGAAGAAUGUCUCUGCUGAAAGAGACUGCUUCCAUGUGACUGCAGUGAGGCUGCCAGAUGGGCUCUCCUUCGUGGUGUAUGAGUUCUGGGAUGGAGAGGAGGAGUGGAAAAAGCACCUCCAGGCUGCAUCCUUCAAGGCCUUUCAACAUGUUAAAGUUGACACUCUGUGCCAGCCUGAGGCUGUGUCCACUGUUGCUGUGCCAGCCGCCUGGUGCAGCCUGAGCAGAGACUGAUGGGGAUGGGGACGCAUCGCCUAAGUCCACAACACCCCCAUCCUUAGCUCCCACAUACACCCUUUACCUCACUCUCACCCCCACAAUCCCUCUUUCUCUCUUUUGUAAGUACAUGUUUACACAGUGUCUGUUUGAUAUUGAGACAAAAUGGAAGGCAUCAAUUGCAGUGAAUAUUAAACAGUGCAUUAAAGCGAGAUUACCGCCAUCCAAUGCAUUUGUUCAUUGUAUCGUUCACCCUCAAGUCAUUGUAGAAAUGAGGUGAACAGUUAACCUGCUUUUGAGGCUCUAGUGCAUGUCAUCAAUUUUGACUAAAAGACAUGAACCUGCUGCUGCUGCUAAUGACAGAGUAAUAGAGCCCUCAACAUUCAUCUCUAUCAAGCUGUGAAGGUUUUUUUUGUGUUAAGAGUACUUGUAUGAAUCAGCAAUGGAUAUAUUAGCUGUUAAAGUCUAGUAAAAUUAUAUGAAAACAUGUUCUAUUAUAAUUAUAUUUGUAUUGACGUCUUUAGUGGUACAGUGCAAAAUUCUUCAGAAGAAGCGGUUACAACAAAAGCAGCAAAACUUAUGGUUUGCUGCAGACAGUUUCCCUUUUGAACAACUAAUCUCAAGCCUUAAACAUCAGCAUAUGGUUGAGGUUGUAGGAUUUCCAAUAACGUAGUGGCUGCAGAUCCGACUUUUCACAGGAUCUUUUUUCUCUCUCAGGACCUUUAGUUCCGAAGCUUCUGGGCGUGUUUCUUUACCUCUAGUUCACGCACUCAUUUUUGUGAUCUUGAGUUAUAGUGUUGUUAUGAAUGACAUACAGUGAGCAAAUUUUAGAGCAGAUGGUGUUAACUGUAGCAUAGCCUACAGAGACUGUGCAUAAAGUAGAGAAUACACACAUGCACAGAAUCUUUAGAACCUUUCGUCGAGGGAAUAAAGAUCUGGGAUAAGUCGGAUCCGCAGCCACGGCCCUCCCAUAAACACAGAGUAAUUUGAUUUUAAACAUCUAACGCACAGCCACAUAUUACAAUCACAAUGUUCAUUGCAAUAGAGCAAAAAGGAGAUGUUUCACAUGCCCAUCAAGCAAAUGGUAGUAACAGAAAAUAUAUCAGAAUGUUCACCCACCAACCCAGUUGAAGAACCUCUUGUGCACAUCUAGGCGCAUGACCAGUUUGUCCAACUCCAACAACCUGAAAUCAACAUGAUCCAACAGACCCAGUCGAAAAGCACAAUGUAAAUUAAUGAAAUAUAGCAAUUACAUAUAUUUAAAGUAUGAGUGUAUUACAAAUGAUCUCAAUAAAAGUGUUUUAUCUAUAAACAAUAAUGUAUGAAUCACUCAUCUUGAUCUACAUUUAGAGGGUGGAAUCUUUCACCCACUUCUCCAUUGAAUUUCUUAGUUUGUCCUGUAAGCACAUGGUGGUGGCAAGCUUGUCCUUAACCAAUUGGGGGAUAUCAAACCCUCACUCCCCAGGAUAAGAUUAUCAUCUCAGAUAAUUAAAUGUAAGUAAUAACAAAGACCGUCCUUGUUCACUGUAAAAAUGUAAACUUUGUUUACUUGGCUUUGAUCAUAACUAGGACCACUGAAAUGAACACAUGUCCAGUCCCAUCUCUGGUGCUAAGCCAUAUUGCACUUUUCUUUGAGAGAACCCUGGACUUCUCCAUGUUAAUACACCCGUGAUAUUAAUAAAUAGCACACCUUGGGCUUCAUAUUAGCCUCAGCAUCAGUAUUACAGAGCAAGAGCAUGGCUCCCUUGUUGACAUAGACUUAUGUGGGGAAAUUCUACUGGAAUGGUUUUCUAUCCGUAGCUUCCGUUGGGUUCUGUAUUAACAGGUCAGAGCCAGUCAGAAAAUGCCAAUUCUAUUUCUGUAACAUUCCUGGCUGUUCCCUAAACUGUGCAACCAAAUUUUUUCUCCCCAUCUCUUGAGUGCAUGUUAAAAUGAAUGUCCAGUAACUUAUUUGCUUUAGUAUUUAGCCAUGCUACUUUCACUGGGUUUUGUGGAUUUCUUAUUUUUCUUUUAUAGUAUUCCUAUAAAAAAGGACAGACAAAACAAAUAUAUAUAUAUGAAUAGAAAAUGGCAUAGAGAAUGAACAUUCACUUUUAUGGCAGUGUUUAAAGAAAUACUAAUUCUUAUACUUAUGUAUGUUUCAGUAAAAUGGCUUUCUCUCUGAGUGUAGACUUAUUGCAGGGAUGCAAGUACUAUAUUUAGUCUUAAAACUGUAGAAAUUCUAGAUAAUGUAGAAUGAUAAAACUCAAUAAAAUGGAAAUACACCAUGAA